UUUAAAAUGGUGGCUGCCUCGUCUGACUCAUCAUAUUAUUUAUGUUUCAACGGAAACUCAUUUUGACCUGCAUAUUGAUCGUGAUGCAAAUGAUCUAAAGGGAAAUUUGUUAUCCUCCGUCACUUUCGAUUAAUAAUGCAUUGCUGUUUGCCAGCCAAUGUAGGCGAAACAAACUGAUUGGUGUAGUAGUCUUUCACUUGUUCGCUUAUCGCUAGGUUUUACUGCAAGUUUGAAGAGCACAGCGGAACAACCCGGGGAUCAGACACAUAUGUUAUGGAGCUGACUUGGCCGCCUUGUAGACUUUGACGUCGAUAAGCAAACACAAAGGGAAAAAUCGUUGUACAAUACUUGAUUUUAAGGAGGUUGUAUAGAUUUCUCGAGACUUCAGAAGAACUGUCAGGUACCUUGCGAGAAUGGCUGUAGCUUGUGCAAUCUGUUACAUGUCUUAAUGACAUCAUUACCAGGAAGUCUUGGUUGGCGUGUUACUGGCGACAAGACGCUUGAGUUUGCAAGAAAUCCAGCAGAAUUCAUCCAACGCAAUAUUAGAACAUGUAACUCAAGGGUUUUUCAGCUAAGAGUGCUGAACAAGCCUCAUGUACUUGUUGCUUCAAAUCAAGGAGUCAAGGAAAUUCUAGAAGACAAGGAUGGUGUGCUUGACAUGGGCUACAAAGAUUUUGGAUACAUGUAUAGUUUAUAUGGAGAUUUGGUAAUUUUCAACAGUGACGAUGAAGCUAUAAGGUUGAGAAACAUUCUCCACAAUGUCUUUCGACCUGAAGAAGUGACCCAUUACAUGAGUGAUGUGGAGGUUGUGUCCUCAAGAUUAUUGAAUAGUAUUGAAGACAAUGAUAUUGUUAUUCCAUAUAAACUGUUCAAGCAGCUAACAACUGAGGUAUGUUUGCGAUUGUUUCUGGGACUGGAAAUGGAAACUGCCAAAAGAGAAGCAGAAUCUGUAGUUGAACUCACCAUAACUCACUGGCAUGGGCUUAUUUCUGUUCCAGUGAAUUUUAAUGUUUAUGGUUAUAAAUCAGGAUACAGCAAAGCGAUGGUAGCAAAGAAUAAUCUGUUGACAAUUAUCACUAAACAUCUCUCAGAGGAAAAGAAUGGGUUUAUAAAUGUUAUGAGAGAAUCAGAAUUUGAAUCCAAGACUGAAAUGGCAAAUCACAUUUUGUUAUUUGUGUCAGCUCUGGUUCCCAAAGCAUUGGCCUCCCUCAUGACAUCUUUUUGCAUUGAGCUUGCCAAGCCUGAGAAUCUUGAGAAGAGAAUCAAAGCAGCCCAGGAUGAUAGGUAUCUGGAAAAUGUGCUUUUAGAGAUAAAACGCAUGUGGCCACCCUUCCUUGGUGGACGAAGACUUGCAAAACAGGAAGUAAUAAUAGAUGGUUAUAAGGUUCCAGCAGGUCACUAUGUAGGAAUUCUCACAAGAGCAGCCAACUGUGACCCAAAAAUAUUUCCUGAAGCUGAAAAGUUUUUACCUGAAAGAUGGGACACUUGUAACCAGUUAGACAGGGAUCGUGUGUGGACAUUUGGAUCAGGUCCCCGGAUGUGCGUGGGGCAUAAGUUUAUUCACAAGAUUAUUAAGCUUCUUGCAAGACAUCUUCUCCAGUCAUACGAGUGGGAACUGGUACCUGGUCAAGAUUUGACCUAUAAAUGGCUUCCUGUGUCACGCCCGAAGAACGAUGUGCAAGUCGUGUUUACAAAGAUUGCGUUAUGAAAUGGAGUACUUCUUAACAUUUUAUGGACCUCUUUUCAUUUUUUUUUUUUUAAAGUUUUUACCAAAUACCACUUCACUCAACUGACUUCCAAAUGUCUUUUUUACGUUGGUGAAUUUUAAUUUUUUUACCUUUUAAAAAUGGAAGUAAUAUAAAUAACGAAAGUAAUGAUCAGUGCUUUGGACAUAUUGUUAUGAUUAUUGUACAUGAGAGUAGCCUUUCUGCAAUAAAUUGGCCGUUGAAGAUUUUGCGUGGUGCAACAUCUCAAGGUUACAAAGAUUCAAACGUACCUAAAAAUUUCACUCUGCCCACAACUAAACAGUCUCCAGACAAGGCCUCCAGCUUAUUUGAUUGAUUUAUUACCUUAGCAAAAUUCUUCAAUGACUGAGUGUUCCCAAAUGUUUGUUCCAGUAAAAGUUAAUUAUGCUCAAUGGA